AUGGUGCGGGGCCUCGAGGCCGCAUGGUCAGGCUCCAAGUCGUCAGAGCCUAUUAAGACCGUGGUUGCGAACAUUCCCAGGCACCAAUUCAGACAGGACCUGAGCGCCACUUCCGCAUCGUCGUCGUUCUCGUCAGCACAGCAGGCAGCAGUCCCGACGGGCAUGGGGGAGGGGUCAAGGCUUGGAGGAGGACCACGGCAAAUGGGUGGCGGUGAUGGCUCUCAGAUGGUGGAGAAGGGGAGGAAAAUACGGAAUAAAGAAGAAGCGCACAAGAAGCUGUUGAAGGCGAGGGAUCAGUUGGAGGAGCUGUGUGCAUUUGCAGGCCUAUCACUGGAGGAGAACUUUCAAACCUUCCGCACUCCUGACAACAGAAUCACAAAUGCGCAAUCGUCAUCAGUGCUGCAGGGGACACCGGGGCUGAAAAUCGAUCAAGAGGUGGUAGAGCAGCUUCUGAGUUUGAAGCACUUUUUGGAUAUGCUGAUCAACCUCAUCGAAUCAUUUGAUCUAGCAGCAGACGCAGACAGUAUGCUGGUUUGCCUCAAUAACGCACUGCAGGAUUAUCACAGGAGGAGGGCCGAGGGAAUGCCAGCAAGCACAGACAUCCUCAAUUUCCUCCUUGCUAUUUCUGCGCAAGUGGAUCACAACAAGUCUAUGGAGCUGUAUGCGCUGAUGCUGAAGGAAGGACUGCAGCCUGACGAUACCACCAUUGGGUGUCUGUGCUUAUCGGCUUGCUUCGCGGGAGAUAUCAUUUCCAUUAAGCGGAUCUUACUGGACUCUGCUGGUUGGGAGGAUCAAGAGAAUCACGAGGAUGAAGAGGAAGAUUUUCUUUCCAGCACCACUCUCUAUUACAACAAAUUCAUUGAUCUGUGUGCUGCUAGUGAUUCACAAGCGAAUGUUCAAGCUGAGCAAACUUCAACUGAGCAAACUUCAACUGAGCAAACUUCAACUGAGCAAACUUCAACUGAGCAAACUUCAACUGAGCAAACUUCAACUGAGCAAACUUCAACUGAGCAAACUUCAACUGAGCAGGUUCAGGUUCAACUUGAAAUGGCGUGGCGCCUCUAUCACGGGCUGGAAGCGGACAAGAAUGCCCGACCCGAUGCCGAAACAUUCAACAUCCUCAUUGGCGUCAAUCUCAAGGCAGGGGAUCACGAGGGGGCGUUGCGAGCAUACAAGCUGAUGUCAGCGAGUGGGUUUGCACGUGACUUGGAGCCAGAGCUUUGGAACAAGCUCAUCCAUGCCGUGGCUGCCGUGCCCUCCGCCCCUGCCUACGUGGCCUACGGGUGUUAUGAUGCAUUGCAAACAUGGGGACCCAAGCCGGACCUAGACACGUACGUGGGGCUCAUGGCAGUGUGUGCCAGGGAUGACGAUGCAGCACGGGCGAUGGCACUGAGGAGGGAGAUGGAGGAUGGCGGAGUGGAGGUGACGGGAGAAGUGCUCCGUGCGCUCAUGGCCAUGCAACGCAAAGCGGGGAUGUGGGAGGCCGCUGUGGAAACCUUCAAAGAGAUGCAAACCAAGGCGGUGCUCUCAACCGAUGAGGAUGCGGCAUGGGGUCGUGAGUUCCUGAAGGAAGCUGCUGAGAAAGUUCGCCCUAAUGCGAAGACCCUCAAUCUUCUCAUUGAAGCAAGUGUAGAGGCAGGGGAUCACGAGGGGGCGGUGCGAGCGUACAAGCUGAUGGCAGCAAAUGGCUUGGCACAUGAAUUGAGUCCGGUUUUCUGGAGCAAGCUCACCCAAUUUGCGAGGACCGUGAUUGCACCGUCUACCCCUGCUGACGCUGCAAACGAGGCAGACACGCCUCCUCCAGUGCUCCAGCUCCUAUCAGAGGCUACUGAGAGUGGCUGUGUCGACCCAGAGGUCUUCAACCUCCUCAUCGAAACCUGCCUGCAGGCAGGGGAUCACGAGGGGGCGUUGCGAGCGUACAAGCUGAUGUCGGCGAAUGGCUUGGCGAGUGACUUGGAUCCGCCUUUUUGGAACAAGCUCAUCCUCGCCGUGGCUGCUGUGCCCUCCGCCCCUGCCUACGUGGCCUAUGGGUGCUACGAGGGCAUGAAGAGAUGGGGUCCCACUCCAGACCCGGAAACCUACCAGGGGCUCAUGGCAGUGUGUGCCAGGGAUGGCGAUGCAGCACGGGCGAUGGCUCUCAAGAAAGACAUGCAGGAUGGUGGAGUGGAGGUGACAGCAGCAGUGCUUCAUGCGCUCCUGGCCAUGCAGCGCCAGGCAGGGCUGUCGGAGGCGGCUGUGAAGACUCUGAAGGAGAUGCAAGCAAAGGCUGUGCUCUCGACUGAUGAGCAAAAGGCAUGGGGUUGCGAGCUCCUGACAGAAGCCAUCGAGAAAGGCGAUGCAGCACGGGCGACUGCGCUGAGGAGGGAGGUGGCAGAUGGCGGAGUGGAGGUGACGGGGGAAGUGCUCCGUGCGCUCAUGGCCAUGCAGCGCCAGGCGGGGAUGUGGGAGGCAGCUGUGGAGUCACUCAAGGAAAUGCAAGCAAAAGCGAUCUUGUUGACUGAUGCAGGGGAUCCUGAGGGGGCGUUGCGAGCGUACAAGCUGAUGUCAGCGAGUGGGUUUGCACGCGACUUGGACCCGCCUUUCUGGAACAAGCUCAUCCACGCCGUGGCUGCCGUGCCCUCCGCCCCUGCCUACGUGGCUUACGGGUGCUACGAUGGCAUGCAGCGGUGGGGUCCCGAACCAGACGAGGCAACGUACCAGGGGCUCAUGGCAGUGUGUGCCAGGGAUGGCGAUGCAGCACGGGCGAUCGCGUUGAGGAGGGAGAUGGAGGAUGGCGGAGUGGAGGUCACAGCAGUGGUGUAUACCGCGCUCAUCAAUGCUCAGGGCAGGGCAGGGGAGUGGGAGGCGGCUGUGGAGACGUUUAAAGAGAUGCAAGGCAGCACGAAGGGCGAGAUGGAGCACCCGCACCAGCCGUCAAUGGACACCUACACUCGGCUGUUUGACGCCUGCUUCGGGCCGGACGGAGCUGAUCCUGUGAUAUGGGACGCGAUGCAGGAGGGGAAAACGCUCAAGUUCACUCCAGCGCUACAAGCAGCAGUGUCGAUCUUCAGAGAGGCAGCAGCUAAGGGUGUCUUUCCCCCGGCUUUGACUGCAGAUCCUUUCAC